UCGUGGAAAAGGUGGAAUGAAGGCAGAAUGGUGUGGUGUGAGAAAGGGGUCCAGAUUCUUAUGACCACAGUAGGAGCUUUUGCUGCAUUCGGGCUCAUGACAAUCGCGAUAGGAACAGAUUACUGGCUGUAUGCCAGAGCCUUCAUUUGCAAUACCACCAAUAUAUCAAGUGAGGAAACACCACAGAAAGAUAAGAGAGACCCUGGAGGGUUGACACAUUCUGGUCUAUGGAGAAUUUGCUGUUUGGAAGGCCAAAAAAGAGGGGUGUGUGUAAAUAUAAAUCACUUCCCAGAAGACACAGAUUAUGAUCACGACAGUGCUGAAUAUCUUUUACGUGUGGUUCGUGCCUCGAGUAUCUUCCCUAUCCUCAGUGCCAUGCUCCUAUUACUAGGGGGCCUUUGUGUUGCUGCCAGUCGUGUUUACAAAUCUAAGCGCAACAUCAUUUUGGGGGCUGGGAUUCUGUUUGUUGCUGCAGGUUUAAGCAACAUUAUUGGUGUCAUUGUUUACAUUUCUGCAAAUGCUGGAGAUCCUGGUACUAAGAGAGAUGAUGAGAAGAAGAGUCAUUAUUCAUAUGGUUGGUCCUUUUAUUUUGGGGGACUUUCUUUUAUCAUUGCUGAAAUGAUUGGGGUGCUUGCAGUUAAUAUUUACAUUGAAAAGAACAGAGAAGCACACUGUAAAUCACGUACUGAGCUGAUCAAAAACCCAUCGGCCAUUCUUCGUUUACCAAGCUAUCGUUUUCGAUAUCGUCGACGCUCUAGAUCAAGUUCACGAUCCACUGAACCUUCUCAAUCACGGGACACUUCUCCAGUUGGAGUGAAAGGGAUACCAUCUACUGAUAUUUCCAUGUACACCUUGUCAAGAGAUACCUCCAAGGCUAAUGUCAGCAGUCUGUAUAACACAGAGCGUGGAGAUCACAGUUUUUUACAGCUGCACAACUGCUUUCCCAAGGAACCUGGGGUCACCGUCACCGUCACAGGACCAGCCUCAAACACAGGCACCCUGGGCAAGGACGGUUCAAAUACCAACACUCUAAACAGGAAAACCACCCCUGUGUAG